UAAAAAUAAAAAUAAAGUUGGUAUUGACAGUAAUUUAUUUAAAGUCUAAAACUAAUUAAAAUAAAUCUUAUCUACAAGUGUCAAUUUCCAUCCCUCACUCUCGUGCUUAAAAUUUCCCAAAAGACAUCAGGUAGGUAUUAAAAUUAUAACCAUCUGCUCUUAGUGUCCUUGCAACGCUAGAGCGUUAUAAAUAGUCAUUGUCAUCAUCAGCUUACAAACAUAAAUAUAUAUAUACACAUAUACAUACAUAUUCUACAAUUGCAAAAAAACGUGAAUUGAAAUAUGGAGCCCGAUCCUGAAAAUCGUCAGAACCGGGGAUUUUAUCAAAUAAUUCUACGAGAAAUAACUCCUCUAAUAAACGUAUUGAGAGACGGGAUUUCACGGCAGCCGGUUCUAAAAUUAUUAUUAAUAUUUGCAGUAAUAAAAGUUAUUGCGUUUAUGGAUAAUUAUUAUGUUUUUCUUGCGGCAACAACGAUUGCGUUAAUUGUUUUAAUGGGACUGGAGCAUGGAUUUGAGUGGAUUUUAAAUAAAUUACCAUUUUUAUUUAUAAUUGUUAUUACUUUUCUAGUUAUUUCUAUAACACUUGAUUGUAUUAUUCAUUACUUAGUGCAAACGUAUUUCAUAAUUCUUAAUGUUAAGGAAAAAGAUGAUUAA